GACUUUCUCUUUAAAAUUUCCUUCCAAACUACAUUUUCACCCAAUUCACGAAAACCAAACCCCAAAGCGAAAAUUUAAAAAAAAAAAAAACACGACGGCGUUGAAAAUGUGCCAAAUUUGACCACUCCUUUCUUCAACUUCCUAUUUCAGCACAUAAAUAUGGACAUCAUGAAUACAGAACAAGACUUGUUGUUCCAGAGAAGAUGGCGAGGAAAGCCGCCGAGACUGCGUUUCAGUCCAUUGGAUUGGGUUACGAUCUCACCGUCGAUCUCAAGCUCAAAUUCUGCAAGAAAGCUUCUAACUUGAUUACCAUCGCCGACCACGAUCGCGUCCGUGACGUCGCCGUUCCUGGUGGUGUUUUGGUCCGUAACGUUCCCAAAUAUAUCAAAUGCGAUAAGGGAGAGCGGAUGAGGUUCGCAUCUGAUGUCCUUUCUUUUCAGCAGAUGUCAGAGCAGUUUAACCAGGAAAUGUCUCUUUCGGGUAAAAUUCCAUCGGGACACUUCAAUGUUGCGUUUGAAUUCACAACAGGUUGGCAAAAAGAUGCUGCCAACACUAAAACGCUCGCUUUUGAUGGCGUUUUCAUUACACUUUACAACGUUGCAUUAGAGAAAUCACAGGUUAUGCUAUGUGAUCAUGUCAAACAAGCUGUCCCUUCGUCAUGGGAUCCUCCUGCUCUAGCUAAAUUUAUUGAGACGUAUGGAACCCACAUUAUUGUUGGUGUGAAGAUGGGUGGAAAAGAUGUUGUAUAUAUGAAACAAAUGCAUUCAUCUGGUCUCCAACCAAUUGAACUACAACAGAAAUUAAAGGAGUUGGCAAACAAAAUGCUCUUAGAAGAAACUCAACACAAGACCAACUAUGAUAAAUUAAACAAGAGCGAAAAGAUUUUUAAAGAGCAUGGGCUAGCUUCCAUGGACAUGUUUCAAACUAGUUCCUAUUCUGAAGUGGAGUUUCAGGAUAUUAAAUUCAUAUGCAAAAGGAAGGGAGGGAAGUUGAAUUCAAAUUUGUCACACAGUGAAUGGUGUCAAACUGUUCAGUCUGAACCAGAUGUGAUUUCCAUGUCUUUUAUCCCAAUCACAUCAUUGCUUUCUGGAGUUAAUGGGAGUGGAUAUCUGACACAUGCCAUCAAUCUAUACCUUCGUUAUAAGCCUUCAAUUGAUGAACUACACCAGUUUUUGGAGUUUCAGCUUCCAAAGCAGUGGGCACCAGUAUUUGGUGAGCUUGCCCUUGGUCCUCAGAAGAAGCAACAAAAUAGUGCAUCAUUGCAGUUUAGCUUCAUGGGCCCUAAGCUUUAUGUUAACACAACACCGGUUUAUGUAGAUAAAAAGCCUGUAACUGGCCUUCGGCUUUAUUUGGAAGGCAAAAGAGGCAACCGCUUGGCAAUUCACUUGCAGCAUCUUUCCUCACUGCCAAAGGCAUUCCAGCUUGAGGAUGGACCAAGCGUCAGUGUCUCUGAUCCCUUGUCUGAACGCAAGUACUAUGAGAAGGUUCAGUGGAAGAGUUGCUCCCAUGUCUGCACAGCACCUGUAGAGGUUGAUGAUGAUGUCUCUAUUGUUACUGGUGCUCACUUUGAAGUUGGAGUCUAUGGCUUGAAGAAAGUUGUACUUCUACGGUUGCAUUUUUCCAAGUUAAUAGGUGCAAAGGCCAUCAAGCAGCCUGAGUGGGAUGGCUCUCCUGGCUUGGCUCAAAAAUCUGGGAUUAUCUCAACUUUUAUUAGCACUCGCUUUACAGGUGCACAGAAACACGCUCCACAGCCAGCCAAUGUCAAUAUAAAUUCCGCGUUGUACCCUGGGGGCCCUCCAAUGCCAAGCCAACCACCAAAAGUUCUGCAAUUUGUAGACACAACAGAGAUGAGUAGAGGACCCCAGGAUUUACCUGGCUACUGGGUUGUCUCAGGUGCCAGGCUGAUUGUUGAAAAGGGGAAAAUAUCAUUGAAGGUAAAAUACUCUCUCUUGACCAUGAUAUUACCGGAUUAGCGGAUCACAGAUCGAACAACUUAUAUCAGCAGUAUAUAACAGGUCUAUUGUUUUGGUUCAUUUCGCCUUUUGAAUUUCCCUUCCCAAGCAAUUUGGGUUAAAACAUGAAAUUGGUAGGCACUGGCUUGCAAGGAUUGUCUGCUUGAUGAAGAUAUGACAGGCUAUUAAGUAGUUUUGGGAUAAGAUUGAAGAUUUUUCCUUUAUUUCAUUUGUUAUGUGGUAGGAUUUGCAGAAACAUUUUAGGAUCAUAAAUUGCUUGCAUUGGGUUUCUGCUCAAAGAUUAAACUUGGUUUGGUAGUUGUGUAUAUAUAUAUAUAUUGUUAUGAAUAAAAUAAGGUAUUCCCCAAUCAA